AUGGCAAGUGACAGCCAAGUUUUGGGAGUCGUGAUCAUUGCGCGACAUGGGGACCGCGAAGGAUUCUACCAAAAUCCCUCCACCUAUGCUGCAUCUGCGACAUCUAUCACCGCUCUAGGGAAUGUCCAAGAGCUCCAGCUAGGACAGAAGUUGCGUUCGAUCUACGGGAACUCUUCCUCCCCCUCUUUCAUUCGAGGGUUCAAUACCACCAUCUUCGACCAGGCGCAGCUUCAGGCGCGUGCUGACGCAGGAGGAGAAGGAGGAGUUAUCUUGAACUCGGCGGUGUCUCUGCUCCAAGGCUUGUUCCCCGCGACGACCGCCUACAACACUACUCUGGCAAACGGGACGACUGUUGUGGCUCCUCUGGGUGGAUAUCAGACUAUCCCAGUUGAGUCCGUUGAACCAAAUAACGACAUAUCCUUGGAAGGCUGGACAUCGUGCGGCGCCUUCGAUGACGCUACGGCUGCUUUCUAUGCGUCCCCAGGAUUCAAGCAGAAGGCCACGGAACACGAUGCUUUCCUGACACAAUUGCCUCAAUACCUCGACGGUCGGCCAGUGACCUUGGAAAACAUGAUUUUCGACUUCAUCAAUGUGGAGUCUAUCCACAGCGCCGAGUUCCUCCAGCGCCUUCCGCCCACUUUCCGUGAACAAGCCAGGGAUCUUGCGAACUACCACGAAUAUGGUGUCUUUUCAUCUCCCCAACUAGACGGCAUUGGAAACAUUGCUGGACGCACUAUCCUUCCUUCGAUCUUGAACGGAUUCAAGCGCAUUAGCAACUCCUCUGAUCCACUAAAGAUAGUAUACCAGUCGAUCUCCUACAAACCUUUCCUAUCCCUCUUCAACAUGACUGGCGCAGCUGAAGCCAACCCACAGCUCGCAGGUGUCGUGGAGUAUGCCGCCGCGCUAGCUCUUGAAGUUCGGCAACCAUCUUCAGGCGGAGAACCGGUGUUGAGAUUCAAUUUCAAGAAUGGGACUGUCGACGAAGACUUCAAAACUUACAACUUCAUGGGUGGCUCAGGGGACGUCCCUCUUUCGCAGUUCGUUGAUAAAUUCACGCCGGUGGCAAUUAGUGACACUACCACUUGGUGUAACUUGUGCGGAAACACGAAGGAUCGAGGGUGCGGCGCGAUCAACGCAGCUCAAAUUAAAGGUGCACAGUCGGUUUCUCGGGGAUUCAACCCGAUUGGCGCCGGCUUCCUCGGUGCGGGCGUUACCCUUGUCGUCGCAGCCAUGAUGCUUGGUCUCCUUGCUUUCUUGGGUCUCCUCGCCUUCGGGAAGGGAAAUAAGAACAGACAUGAUCGGGCCUCUAGCGACCGUGAAUCGACUGAGAAGCAUUCCGUUUAG